AUGGCGGACGGCGCUCCGUGCAGCAGUGGCAGUGAUGGCGAGGAGAAGGGCGCGCGCCUCCGCGGGUUCGCGCGACAGGGCGCGCUCCGCCAGAAGAACGUGCACGAGGUGAAGGACCACAAAUUCAUCCCGCGUUUCUUCAAGCAGCCCACGUUCUGCAGCCACUGUACCGACUUCAUCUGGGGUUUCGGGAAACAAGGAUUUCAGUGUCAAGUUUGCUGUUUUGUGGUACAUAAGCGCUGUCAUGAGUUUGUCACCUUCUCCUGUCCUGGAGCAGAUAAAGGUCCGGCGUCAGAUGACCCACGCAGUAAACACAAGUUUAAGGUCCAUACGUACUCCAGUCCGACAUUCUGUGAUCAUUGUGGCUCCCUGCUGUAUGGGCUCAUUCACCAGGGCAUGAGAUGUGAACAUUGUAUGAUGAAUAUUCAUAAGCGUUGUGUUGCUAACGUGCCGAGUCUGUGUGGAACUGAUCACACUGAACGCAGAGGCCGAAUCCAGAUCACUGCUAACAUCAAGAACAACGUACUCACCGUAUGCAUCAAGGAAGCAAGAAACUUGGUUCCAAUGGAUCCAAAUGGCCUGUCUGACCCAUACGUGAAGCUCAAACUCAUUCCUGAUCCGAAAAGCGAGAGCAAACAGAAGACCAAGACUAUAAAGUGCUGCCUGAAUCCGACAUGGAACGAGACCUUCACAUUUAAUCUGAAGGAAUCUGAUAAGGACCGUAGGUUAUCAGUAGAGAUGUGGGAUUGGGAUUUGACCAGUAGGAAUGACUUCAUGGGUUCCCUCUCAUUCGGCAUCUCAGAACUGCAGAAACAAAGCGUGGAUGGCUGGUUUAAGCUGCUGAGUCAGGAGGAGGGUGAAUACUUUAAUGUGCCUGUCCCAGCCGAGGGAGAGGAAGGAAACGAGGAGCUGAGACAAAAAUUUGAGAGAGCUAAAAUAGCUUCUGUCGCUAAGAGGACAGACUCAUCUGUAUCCAAGUUGGAAAAUAAUGGAAAUAAAGACCGGAUGAAGCUCUCUGACUUCAACUUCCUCAUGGUGCUUGGAAAAGGGAGCUUUGGCAAGGUAAUGCUGGCUGAGAUGAAGGGAACGGAUGAGUUAUUUGCUAUAAAGAUUCUGAAGAAAGAUGUGGUGAUUCAGGACGAUGAUGUGGAGUGUACCAUGGUGGAGAAGAGGGUGUUAGCACUUUCAGGAAAACCUCCUUUUCUCACACAGCUGCAUUCCUGCUUCCAGACCAUGGAUCGGCUGUACUUUGUAAUGGAAUACAUUAAUGGAGGAGAUCUGAUGUACCAGAUCCAGCAGGUCGGAAAGUUCAAGGAGCCACAUGCAGUGUUUUACUCUGCGGAGAUUGCCAUAGGGCUGUUCUUCUUGCACCUGAAAGGCGUAAUAUACAGGGAUCUGAAGUUAGAUAAUGUAAUGCUGGAUGCUGAAGGUCACAUUAAGAUCGCUGAUUUCGGGAUGUGUAAGGAGAACAUGCUUGAGGGAGUGACCACCAAAACUUUCUGCGGUACCCCGGACUACAUCGCUCCUGAGAUCAUUGCGUAUCAGCCAUAUGGGAAGUCAGUAGACUGGUGGGCCUUUGGGGUGCUGCUGUAUGAAAUGCUAGCUGGACAGCCACCAUUUGAUGGAGAGGAUGAGGACGAACUGUUCCAGUCCAUCAUGGAACAUCACGUGUCAUAUCCCAAAUCAAUGUCUAAGGAGGCAGUGGCCAUUUGUAAAGGACUGAUGACGAAGCACCCUGGAAAACGUUUAGGAUGUGGCCCUGAGGGAGAGAGAGACAUCCGAGAGCAUGGUUUCUUCCGCUACAUGGAUUGGGAGAAGCUUGAGAACAAAGAGGUUCAACCACCAUUCAAACCUAAAGCUUGUGGCCGAGAGGCGGAGAAUUUUGAUCGCUUUUUCACACGCCACCCUCCGGUGCUCACUCCUCCUGACCAGGAAGUCAUCAUGAACCUCGACCAGGACGAGUUCGAGGGUUUCUCCUUCAUAAACUCUGACUAUCCUAGCGCAGAAGCUCAGAGCUAAUUAAUAUUAGCUCCCCCCUCCCCCCCUCAUCAUUUUAGCCAAUCAUUUCUUGCUUCUGCUGGUGCACGCCUUGCUCCCUACUGGCCACUUGGCUGAAGUGUUUAUGAACAUAGAAAAUGACUAUUAGAUAAUCAGAUGCAUGCAAAACUUGCUCCCUGCAGACCACUUGGCUGUAACUUACUAUAUGCGUAUAUAUUUAGAUGCAUGUAGAACUUUGAGGUAAUAACUAGGUAAUUUAAUAAUAAUGAUUUUAUUUACUAAAACACGUGUAAAUAGCAGACCGAACAUCAGUACAGGAGAUCUCCCCUUCCUCCAGGAAUGCUCCAGUUUUUCUCAGUUAUCCACUUCCUCCAGGAGUUCUCCACUUCCUCCAGCACGCAUGAAUGACUUCCUGCAGCCACACAACAGUGUGUGCUUCCAUCCAUCUGUUUAUAAGACAACAAGGAUUUAGCUCAUAAGGAAACCUGAAUAUGGAAGGAAGGGAGUGAGGGAGGAAAGGAAGGAAGGAAAGAAAGAAAAUGCAAAUAAACAAAAGACAAGAAGGUAGAAACAACAAAAUAGACAGAAAAACAAAGACAAAUACAAGUCUACUGACAAUAAUGACAGAUAUAAAAAAAAAGCAACAAAAAAGAUAGGUGGAAACGAAGGGAAGAAGACAAACAAGUAGAUAGACAAAAAGACAUUUAUUUAGAUACUGAGAAAAAAGAAAGUCAGAUAAGCAGAAGGUCACAUUAUUGGGCAGGAGCCAAUGGAAACAAAGAUUGCAUAAACAUUUGGAUGGAAAUUGACCAAUCAGCUCACUGCAUGUCUUUUACAUCAUCUGUGAAUGUGAUUCAUUAGUGUGAUGCCACUGACUUUUAUUUUGCAUGUCUGAAUUAUUAUUUGAAUGCAAACCUCCAUAAACAGCAUGCAUUCUGCAACGGUUGCACCUUGAGUAUAUCUUAUUUACAUUAAUAUAAUUGAGCUCUACAGUGAUGAGUAGAUGAUUAGUAUUCCUGCUUUAUACACAAAUAAGCUGAUGACAGACUACCUUAGCUCUUAUUUUAAAAACAAUAUAUUUAAAUCAAAAAGGCAUGCUUAAGAGUAAUGCGUAUGCAUCUUGGCUACAUUCACAUUACAAAACGAAACUGUUUGAAAAUGACAAAGGAACAUGGGAAAGGAAUUAACUGUCAGUAAGGUUUCAUUUUGCUUUGCCAAGUUUACCUACAGUAGAUAAAAGUUACCUUACAAAUUCACCUACCCUGGCAGGGUGAUUCCACCUUUUGUGAGCCAAAGGAAGAGAAGAAAGCAGAGCUGUGAUCCCUUAUUUCUGGGGGGGAAUGUAAGAACUGGUUAUUAUUUACCGGCUUUGUGCUGGGCUUUUGCAAUAUUUUCUUCUUGUUGCUUUUGUUACUCUUAGUUGCAACUAACCAAACUAGCUAGCCUCUUACGUUUCACUAGAAAGCUCUGUGCUAUUGUGAUAACUAUUUUGCUCCUUAUCUAGUUUCGUUGCAGUAAAGACCCCUUCAAUCUUCAUUAAGAAAGUUGUCUCAAGAAUUUAUCACAAAAUAUUUCAUCAGUAAAAUACACUAUACAGCCAAAAGUUUGUGGAAACCUGACCAUCAUACCAAUAUAAGGGCCUUCCCCAAACUGUUGCCACAAAAUUGGAAGCACACAAUUGUGCAGGAUGUCUUUGUAUGCUGUAUGCUGUAUGUUUGGGCCCCUUAGUUCCCUUCACUGGAACUAAGGGGCCCAAACAUCUUCCAGCAUGACAAUGCCCCUGUGCACAAAGUGAGCUCCUUGAAGACAUGGUUUGCCAGAGUGGGUGUGGAAGAACUGGAGUUUCCUGCACAGAUACCUGAACUCAACCCAAAUUAACCAAUUUUGGAAUGAAUUGGAAUGCAGACUGCAGCCCGCCUCAUCCAACAUCAGUGCCUGAUCUCAGUAAUGCACUUUUAUCUGAAUGAGCACAAUUCUCAACAGCCAUGCUCCAAAAUCUAGUGGAAAGCCUUCCCCUGAAGAAUGAGGGUUAUUAUAACAGUAAAGGUGGACUAAAUCUGGAAUGGGAUGUUCAACCAGUACAUAUGAGUGUGGUGGUCAGAUGUCCACAAACUUUUAGUCAUAUAGUGUAUCAAUUGCACUGUGUUCCACUAGGGAUUACUGAAGUCCCCUUUCUGAUCUAAGCAUUAUCAGCAGGGUCACAUGACCACAUAUUGGUUUCCUAUUUAAGAUAUAAAAUAUGAAAUAAUUGUGUUCACACAGGUAUGACAAUAACAGACAAAUAGUCAUAUUUAUGCCACUUACAUAAUGGAGAUGUAACCAUAAACAGCUUUCCCUGGAUGUGCUAUGACGCGAUGGUAAAUUUUUCUGGCUCUAGUGCACCAGCUGUCUUGAUCUCAGGUUUCCGCGAGACAGGAUUUCACUGACUUUUGCCUUUUAGAAAUGUUUAACAUGUUCACCAGAGGCUACCUCCUCCCACAGAUGACUAAUGGCUUAACCGCACUCCCACUUCUACAGUGGGUCCUAACUGUUUCAGUUUGCUAGCAAGAACUGUUUUUAUUUCUUCAGUGAUCAAAGAAUUAUCCAUCUAACAAGAUAUCAAUUAUUACUCAUUAUACCACAGUGCUGAUGAAUUCUUGAAUCUGAUUUGUCAGAAGGUGUUCAUUCAUUUUCUAUAACAGCGGCUCUGACAGUAGUGCUGUCUGUAAUUCAGAUCACAGGUUUAUAUUAAUGUAUGUUAUCAUUUCUGAAGUAACAUUUCAUUGACGGGCUUCUAAGGCACAUGUGACACAUCAUCUAAGGCUAGUAAUAAACAGAUUAAAAACUGUGUUGUUAUUUAAAAAAAAUAAUAAAAAAGCAUUUAUAAUCAUUGAUAUGGUGAAGCUUUCUGUAAGGAGACAUUGGUUGAAAAGUAUGAUGUUAUUUAUUAAAUAUAAAUGUGUAAUUGUUGGCAAAAUUCUAUGAUAUACAGUGGAUAUAAAAAAUCUACACACCCCUGUUAAAAUGGCAAAUUUUGUGAU